AUGGCUGCUGUGCCGAUUAUUGUGAUUGUGUGUAUCACGGCGGUGAAAGACGCUAUUGAGGAUUACAGGCGGACGAUUUUGGAUUUGGAUCUGAACAAUACUGCUACAGAGAUUCUUGCAUAUAACCACAACUACAAUGUGACAGACGAGAGUGUGUCGGCAUGGAGAAAGUUUAAGAAAGCCAAUACGCGGUUGAUGUUGCGGAUUAUUCGAGCCGUCAACCGACAAAGAGAGAAAAAGAAGCUCAAGAAAAUGGGUAAACCCUAUGACAGUUCUGCUAGCGGUGACCAGAUUGGCCAUGAGCUCACUAGAGCCACUACUAUUUAUUCCAUGCGCAACUCUUACUCCAUGUCGGAUAUGGGAGAUAGUACAACAAAAGACUUAGGAAACGGUAUGAGAAACAGCUAUGACGAUAGCCGGAACCCUUUUGCAGAUUCUACUGCGCAUGUCAAAGACACACCAGUUGCACCAAUUGUUGACAACACUCAUCCAUCAGCUGGAAAGGCUCGAUUUAGAAAAGAUUUCUGGAAAAACGUGCGAGUGGGCGAUUUUGUUCGGAUACGAAACAACGACGAGAUUCCCGCUGACAUUGUAGUCCUUUCGACAUCGGACGGUGAUGGAGCUUGCUAUAUCGAGACUAAGAAUUUGGAUGGAGAGUCUAAUUUAAAGGUUCGUCAGGCUUUGAAGUGUGGUGAGGGCAUCAAACAUUCCGAUGACUGCGAGAAGAGCAAGUUUUGGAUCGAGUCUGAGGGUCCAUUACCAAAUUUGUAUGCAUACAAUGGUGUGGCCAAGUGGCUCGAUAACAGUGAGAACGGUAUGGGUGAGGGUAUUGGAGGUAGUUAUGACUACCAACAUGAUCCCGAGCAAGCCACUAGAUCAGAACCAAUAUCUAUUAACAACGUGCUGUUAAGAGGCUGUUCGCUUAGAAACACCGAAUGGGUUAUCGGCGUGGUAAUUUUUACUGGUGUCGAGACCAAGAUCAUGCUCAAUGCUGGUCAAACUCCUACAAAGAGGAGUAGAAUCUCUAGAGAGUUGAAUAUUUCGGUAAUGUUCAACUUUAUUUUGCUAUUUAUUCUUUGUUUUGUAUCUGGUGUGCUAAACGGUAUAGAGUUUGGCAAGAGUAACACGUCUAUCGACUUUUUCGAAUAUGGAUCAAUUGGUGGUAGUCCUCCUGUGGAUGGUCUUGUUACGUUCUGGGCAGCAGUCAUUCUGUAUCAGUCGUUGGUUCCUAUUUCACUGUACAUUUCCAUUGAGAUUGUAAAGACAAUCCAGGCGUUUUUCAUUUACAGCGAUUACCAUAUGUACUACGAGCCCAUUGACUAUCCUUGUACGCCAAAGUCGUGGAAUAUUUCCGAUGAUUUGGGUCAAAUUGAGUACAUUUUCUCUGAUAAGACAGGUACUCUGACGCAGAACAUCAUGGAGUUCAAAAAGUGCACCAUUAACGGCAUGGCCUAUGGUAAAGCAUACACGGAGGCUAUGGCUGGAAUGAGAAAAAGAGAAGGCAUCGAUGUUGUUGAAGAAGCCCAACGCAUGAAAAUUGAGAUUGCUGCUGACAAGAAAGAGAUGAUUAGGUCAUUGCAACAGAUUAGCGAUAACAAUCAGUUGAUUGAUGAUGAGGUUACUUUUAUUUCUUCUCGGUUUGUGAAAGACCUUGCUAGUGGAGAAGAUCGAGAGCAACAGAGGGCCAAUGGCCACUUUAUGCUAGCUCUUGCUUUAUGCCAUUCGGUCUUGACUGAGAAGAGCAAGAAGUAUCCUGGUCGCUUGGACUUUAAAGCUCAGUCACCAGACGAAGCUGCGUUGGUGGCUACUGCUCGUGAUGUUGGAUUCAGCUUUUUGGAGAGAACGCAAAAAGGUGUCAUCUUGAACGUUCAAGGAGUAGAACAGGAGUAUCAAAUUUUAAACACUCUGGAGUUUAACUCUACUAGAAAGAGAAUGAGCGCUAUUGUCAAGUUCAAAUCUGGCCAGGAUGGCUGUGAGAAAGAAAAGAUUCUUCUUAUUUGUAAGGGUGCUGAUAGUGUUAUUUAUUCACGUCUGAAACCUGGUGAGCAAGAAGUUCUCCGUAAAGAGACUGCGCUACAUUUGGAACAGUUUGCUAACGAGGGUCUGCGUACGUUAUGUAUUGCCGAGCGUGAACUUACUUCUGAGGAAUACCAUGAUUUCAACCGUCGUCAUGAACUUGCUGCUGCUGCAAUUGUUAACCGUGAAGAGAAGAUUGAAGAAGUUGCAGAUGCCUUUGAACGUAACUUGACGCUCAUUGGAGGUACUGCCAUUGAAGAUAGAUUACAAGAUGGUGUUCCUGAAUCCAUUGCUCUUCUCAGUGAUGCUGGUAUCAAGCUUUGGGUUCUAACUGGUGAUAAGGUCGAGACUGCUAUCAACAUCGGCUUUUCGUGUAAUCUUCUCGAUAACUCGAUGGAGUUGCUUGUCAUUCGUGUCGACGAUAACUCAAUUAGCAGUGCUACAAGAGUCAUUUCUGAUUAUCUUUACAACUACUUUGGUAUGAGAGGUGAUUUGGAUGACUUGGCGGAAGCUAUGGAGAAUCACGACCCACCAUCACCUAAGUUUGCUGUUAUUAUCGAUGGUGACAGUCUUAAACUUGCUCUUAGUGAUGAAUUGAAGACCAAAUUCUUGCUUCUGUGUAAACAAUGCAAGUCGGUUCUAUGUUGCCGUGUGAGUCCCGCCCAAAAGGCUGCUGUUGUACGCUUGGUAAAGAACACCCUUGGUGUCAUGACUCUCUCAGUUGGUGAUGGAGCUAAUGAUGUUGCUAUGAUCCAGGAAGCUGAUGUUGGUGUGGGUAUUGCUGGUGAGGAGGGUCGUCAAGCAGUCAUGUCGUCCGACUAUGCUAUUGGGCAAUUCCGUUUCCUAACAAGAUUGCUACUGGUUCAUGGCCGAUGGUCGUAUAAGAGACUGGCGGAAAUGAUCCCCAACUUCUUUUAUAAGAACGUUGUGUUUACAUUUGCUCUGUUUUGGUAUGGUAUUGAGUCAAGUUUUGAUGGCGCUUAUCUGUUUGAGUAUACAUAUGUGAUGUUUUUCAAUUUGGCGUUCACUUCUUUGCCAGUUAUCUUCAUGGGUGUUUUGGAUCAAGAUGUUAGUGACGUUAUUUCUUUACAUGUUCCUCAAUUAUAUCGUAGAGGUAUCUUACGGUUGGAAUGGACUCAAGGCAAGUUUUGGCGAUAUAUGGUGGAUGGUUUUUACCAAUCAUUCAUUUCGUACUUUUUCCCCUAUUUCAUUUACUGGACCGGUAUGUUUGAGUCUUCCAAUGGAAGACCCUUGAAUCAUAGAUUCUGGAUGGGUUUGGCUGUUUGCUCGAUUGCCGUGCUUUCCUGUAAUCUUUACAUUUUGACCAACCAGUUCAGAUGGGAUUGGCUUUCGCUUUUGAUCAACGUUAUCAGUUCAUUGCUAGUCUAUUUCUGGAGUGGAGUUUACUCAAGUUCGACCUUUUCCGGUGAGUUUUAUAGCGCUGCCGCCGAGAUGUUGGGCUCGCUUAUUUACUGGGCCGUACUUUUGGUUGGUGUUAUAGCUGCUUUGGUACCUCACUUUUCGCUCAAGGCAUAUCAACAAAUUUUCCACCCUAGAGACAUUGAUCUCAUCAGAGAAAGAUGGUAUCUUGGAGAUUAUGAUGGCUUGGAAGAAGAAGCGGAGAACGCUAACUCAUUCCCCACUAAUAAGGGCCCUGACAUUGCUCCAUAUAAGGGCUCAUUUAUGGGCUCCUCUAUGAGCGAUGGAUCUGGUGCUACGGCCACAUCUGCUACUCCCAACUCAUUAAACAAGAGAUUAUCCAAUAGCAUGCCUUGGAAGCGCAAGUCGCAGUCUCCACAAGCAACCGACUACAGUUUCGGAAGUGACCAGCCAAGAGAAAUGACGUCUCCAGAAUACAUUCGAUUUGGAAAUGACCAGAUAAAGUCAGAGGAGUAUGAUUUUGACGCUAUCCACAAUGAUAACUCUCAGGUACCAUACCGAGCAAAUUCCUCUGCUAGAAGGCAAAGCUAUAGAAGACAGUCGGGAAUUGAUUCCCAAACCAGACAAUCUUUAGAUGUGCUGAGACAUAGCCUGCGUAUGGAACAACCAAUGCCACGGUCUUCAAUGGACAAUGGUAUCAGAACUUCAAUGGACACCUCUGACCUCACCACAGCUGAAGGACUAAUGCAUGUUAUGAGUAGAGAUUAA